GUCUACAACUCGAUAUUCCAUAUUAUCAUUAUAGUUUUGCUAUUGAAGUACAAGGGAAACAGCAUGAAAAAUAUCAUAAAUUCUUUCACAGAAAUCAGGAAGCUUUUAAAAAACAGUUAGAUCGUGAUCAACUCAAAAAAGAACUCUGUGAGGAAAACUGGAUAGUCCUUAUCGAA